UCAGACCCGGGAUCGCGCGCGCUUUCUGAACAAGGGAGCCGCGGAAGCGGGGGGGGCGUGGCCUCGGGCCGGAAGCGAGGCCGGCACUUCCGGCGCGGGGGACGGGAGCGGAUCGGCGCCCAUGGCUCGGUCCUUGAAGCUGGUACGUGCGUCCCUUCAGCGGCAAAGGUUUCACACCGCCGGGAGCCACUACAAGGGUCGGACCGCUGCUGAGCACCUGUGGCUGACACGUCAUUUGAGGGACCCGUUUGUGAAGGCAGCGAGGGUGGAGAGUUACCGGUGCCGGAGUGCCUUCAAGCUCUUGGAGGUGAACGAGAGGCACCAGAUCCUGCGGCCCGGCCUCCGGGUCUUAGACUGUGGGGCGGCUCCCGGGGCGUGGAGCCAGGUGGCCGUGCAGAGGGUCAACGCUGCGGGCGCAGAUCCCGGUGCUCCUGUGGGCUUUGUGCUUGGGGUAGACCUUCUCCACAUAUUCCCCCUGGAGGGGGCAACUUUUCUGUCCCCCGCUGACAUGACUGACCCCAGAACCGUCCAGAGAGUCCGAGAGCUGCUUCCUGGCGGGAGAGCAGAUGUCAUUCUGAGUGACAUGGCACCCAACGCCACAGGGAUCCGGAGCCUGGAUCACGACAGGCUCAUUAGCCUGUGCUCGUCCCUUCUGGACGUGGCUCCAGAUGUUCUGCACCCCGGCGGAACGUUCCUCUGCAAAACGUGGGCUGGAAGUCAAAGCCUUGGGUUACAGAAGAGACUGGCCGAGCAGUUCCAGAACACCAGGACUGUGAAGCCUAGAGCCAGCAGGAAGGAAUCUUCAGAGGUGUACCUCUUGGCCACACAGUACCGAAGAGCGAAGGGGCCUGUGGAGGACUGAGGGCUGCCUCUGCCAUUUGUGGUCCUCGUUCACUGCAAGUGUGGUCUGAGCUCUUUCCUGGAGUGUGGCUGGAGGGGUCAGAGCUUGAUCCGGGUCGUGGCUGGCAGGACGAGGGUGGGACCUUUCUUUGAAACAGUGUAUUCACUGGUCAUGAUAUAUGAAAAAAACUAGUCCCUAAGUGACCUUAGGUGCAGAGGAAGGAUGAAAAGACAGUGGGAAGGAGAAACCUUGAUGUAACACUGGACUCAACUGGCUGUUCACUUGUAACAGAGUUUCCACCAUUGCUCCCAGAAGGCAACACCCAGGCUGUGGUUAUACAGUGUAGCGAAUGCGAAUGAAAAUCUGAAAUUUCCACCUGGGGGUUAAUUUCCAUCUCUCUGGUGAAUGGUGUGGAAAUUAAUACUUUCAAGCAACCGGAACCGGGGGCAGCUAUGGAAGACAUUUCAUGUGAAUUUUGCAGGGGGUGGUGUGCUUGUUUUGUUGCUGGAGAUCCGCGUUGCUGUAAUACUCCAGGCCCCUAAGACUGGAGUUGCCAAAGCAAGCAGCCACGUGGAGUGCUGUAUUUCCUUUUACUCUCUUCCAGGAACUUGAUGCAGCUUUAUAAAACAAUGUAGAUUGUGUUUAUUUAAGGGAUUUCCAUGCUUUGAAGUUUGUUUCUAUAAAAAUUGUUUUUUUCAAA